CACCGACGUCGAGGCGCACGCGCUGCUCCGCACCUCCGACGACGACGACGACCCCGAGCAGUGCUGUGCCUUCGAGCCGGCCGAGAAAAUCGUCGUGUCCAUCGCCGCCGACUCCGACGCCGACGAGGAGGACCUCUUCUCUGCCACUGGCCGUACGCCGCCCUUCUCGUGGCGCAAGCUCUGGCUCUUCACGGGGCCCGGCUUCCUGAUGAGCAUCGCCUUCCUCGACCCUGGCAACCUCGAGGGCGACCUCCAGGCCGGCGCCACCGCCGGCGACACGCUGCUCUGGCUGCUUCUCUGGGCCACGGCCAUGGGGCUGCUGGUCCAGCUGCUCGCCGCGCGCCUCGGGGUGGCCACCGGGAAGAACCUCGCCGAGCUCUGCCGCGACGAGUACCCGGACUGGGUGCGCCGGGCGCUCUGGCUCAUGGCAGAGGUCUCCAUGGUCAGCGCCGACAUCCAGGAGGUCAUCGGGAGCGCCAUUGCCAUCAAGAUCCUCAGCCGCGGAUUCCUGCCCAUUUGGGCCGGCGUUGUCAUCACCGCAUUGGACUGCUUUAUUUUCCUUUCCAUUGAGAACUAUGGAGUGAGAAAAUUGGAGGCUCUGUUUGCAGUUCUGAUUGCAAUAAUGGCCUGGUCCUUCGCAUGGAUGUUCAUAGAAACCAAACCCAACGGGAAAGACCUAAUCGUUGGUCUUCUGGUUCCCAAGCUGAGCUCAAGAACACUAAGGCAAGCAGUUGGGAUCGUGGGAUGUGUCAUCACCCCCCACAAUGUGUUCCUCCACUCUGCUCUGGUCCAAUCAAGAAAAGUGGACCAGAACAAGGAAUACCAAGUCCGGGAAGCGCUGAGGUACUACAGCAUCGAAUCAACCAUGGCAUUGGUAGUGCCAUUCAUGAUAAACCUGUUCGUCACGACGGUUUUCGCAAAAGGGUUUUACGGCACCGAAGAAGCGGGCACGAUCGGGCUCGAAAACGCCGGGCAGUACCUCCAGGAAAAGUUCGGGGGAGAUUACUUCCCCAUCCUCUCCAUUUGGGGGGUCGGCCUGUUGGCCGCCGGCACGAGCAGCACCAUAACCGGGACCUAUGCGGGACAGUUCAUAAUGGACGGGUUCCUGAACUGGCGUCUGAAGAAAUGGAUGAGGGCGAUGAUCACCAGAAGCUUUGCGAUCGUGCCGACGAUCGUCGUUGCGCUCUACUUCAACGCGUCCGAAUCUGCGCUGGAUGUCCUCAACGAGUGGCUCAACGUGCUCCAGUCAGUUCAGAUCCCAUUCUCGCUCAUACCGCUGAUCACGCUGGUGUCCAAGGAGCAGGUCAUGGGGGUGUUCAAGAUAGGCCUAACAACACAGAUUGUGACCUGGACGGUCGCGUCGUUGCCUAUCCUGAUCAACGGCUAUCUCCUGUUGGAUUUCUUCUCGUCGGAGAUUAGGGGCGCCGUAUCGGGCUCGUUUCUCUGCGUGGCUGUGGUGGCUUAUGCUGCGUUCCUACUCUAUCUUAUCCUCCGGUGCACGGAGCUGCCUAACCACGUAUUUACACCGGUAAACAAGGAUGCUAGCUUCACAUGACGAAGAAGAGGGUGUGUGUAGUAUAGCCAGUUUUGUUCAAUCAUAGCUUAAUAGCAUAGCAUAGAGGAUUCCCGGUGCGCAUUGGGAGUGUAGUCAGUAUAUACAAGAGUCGGGUCUGAUCGAGAUUUGGGGUAUCACAUUCUAGAUUGCA